AUGCUAGUUUAUGUGGAUGAUAUUGUGGUUACUGGCAGUUCAAGUACUGAGAUUGAUGAUGUGGUUCGCCAGUUGAGUCUUGCAUUCUCGUUAAAAGAUUUGGGAGAGCUUGGCUACUUUCUUGGCAUUGAGAUCGAAAGAUGUGAAGGGUCGUUAGUGCUAAGUCAACGCAAGUUCGUUCUUGAGUUGUUAACAAAAACGGGCAUGGAUAAAGCCAAAUCGGUGGUAACGCCUAUGGUUCUGGGCAAGUUGCAAUCUGAUGUUGGUGACCUGCUGUGUGAUGCAAGGGAGUAUCGUAGCAUCAUUGGAGGAUUGUUGUAUGUGUGUCAUACUCGACCUGAAAUCACCUAUAGUGUGAAUCAAGUAGCCCAGUACAUGCAUGCACCACGCACACUUGAGUAUGGCUUAGUGAUAUCUCCUUAUGGAGUGAAUGUAAAGAUAGUGGCGUUCGCUGAUGCAGAUUGGGGUGGUAAUCUUGAUGAUAGGAAGUCUAUUUCUGGGCACUGUGUGUUUGUGGGGGAUAAUCUUGUGUCCUGGACUUCUAAGAAGCAGAAGAUAGUUUCAAGAUCCACUAUGGAAGCUGAGUAUCGCAAUGUAGCUGAUGCAGCAGCAGAGGUGGCUUGGGUUGAUGCACUUCUUUCAGAUAUGGGAGUUGUGAGACAAGGAGCAGGUGAUGUUGUGGCCAUGAGUAGCAAUCCAAUAUAUCAUGCAAAGCCCAAACAUGUGGAGCUUGAUAUGCAUUUUGUACGAGAAAAGGUUGUUGCUAAACAAGUGGUUGUUAACUAUGUUCCAGCAAGUCACCAGGUUACAGAUGGGGUUACUAAGCCAUUGUCUAGAUCAUUGUUUGAGCAAUUUCGGUCUAAACCACUUCAGCUGGAUUGUGAGGAAGCUGCUGAGGCUAAGAGAUGGGGCAAGGAGGCUGUUUUCUCCUGGCUGCCUACUAAGGAUCUAGAAUCCUGUGACCAUCUCUUUACAGGUUGUUUCUUCGCCAAGGAAGUCUGGAGGACUAUUUUAGCUUCAUGUGGAAUUCGUCAUGACGUGUAA